GAUGGAUGGCAGGACCAAGGCAGUGCCACCUCGGAUCUUCUUCCACUGCCAUGGAGCUGCAGGCUCAGGCAGAAGUGCCCUCUCCUCCUGAUCUCAGCCAUCCAGGUAGCACUUUGGAAGAGGUUUUUUUUGUCUGUCUCGCUAUAUGAACAAUGAAUUCUCUCAGGAAUUCCUAGGUUCCCAAAGCACACGAGCACUGGAAAUUGUCCUUGUGGCCUCAUAAUGUUGGUCAUGCUCUGGUGCAGUGAAUCAUGACCAUGGUUGGUGAAGGAGAGUGAGUUUGGGCUUGCAUUCGUUGUGCAAAGGAAGAAGGGGGAUUUGGUAGUUCUGAGCUUCAAGUGCAGGCUGAUCUUGUCCAUUGCUGCAUUAAAAGCCUGAUAAUUAGUGUGAGCUUGUAAUUAGUUUGUCUUAUCAAAUUCAUAUAAUUACUUAAGCUAUGGUUGGGGGACGAAGUUCCAGGCUUGGCCUGUGUGGUCAGCUGCAAAUCAACCUUUCCAAUGUUCUUAUGUUUGUCUGAAUUCAAAAGCAGCCCUUAGAAUAAAGCUGUGCAAGGAGUUGGUUUUCCAACAACACUGAAAUGCAGGAUUUUGUUUUUGUUGUCUUACAGCAGUUUUUAGAACUCAACUCUCAGGAACUAAAAAUGAGAAGAUGCGACCCAGCAUAUCUUAUUCAUGAAACAUUCCCCAAACCCUUGAGGCAGUGGGAGUUUCACACCAAGAAAGGCCACGAGAUGAAGUAAGAAGCUCUGUUUUAAUCUGAGCUAACCAAAUCCGCAGAGAAGUGUGAAGUUAUUAAUAGAUUCAAAUAACGUUAUACCUAGUAAAAUGUAUUUUCAUACUUCAGGUUCAUUCAGAUUUUCUUUCUGCUCACGUGUGGUUUUUUAGUAGUGCUUUUGACAACAAAUUGCAAAAAUGCCAUUUUUAUUCCUUUUUUUUUUUUUUUGACAGAGAGAUAAGUGGAACUCCUCAUCCCUAAUAUUUUUAGAUUAUAAAGGCCAAGGGCACAUCUGUUCUCCUGAGCCUCCUUAAGCUUUCACCAAAAUACCUUAAUUAAAUCUGUUGGGGCUGGCAGUCUUACUGACGAAUAAAAAUGUUCAGAACUUCCUAUGAUGAGAUCUUUACCUGCCUAUAACCUUUUGAUGCUCAGAAUCACUAGGACUCCUUACUUGCUGACCAUAGGCUGCUGCUACUUUCUUUUAAAAAAGGGGCUCAACAGCUUCUUAGGUUAAGGAAGAUAUAAUUUGAUGCUAUUAAAGGAAAACAGAAAUCCUGCCUUUUUAUCCUCUGAGAAGCUUUGGCUUCUCUUGAAAUGUGGGAUGAAAUUUGGGCUUUUCCAGGGCUUUAUCUUUGUCUGACCUGUGAAAAUCCAUAGGGAUUACAGGCUAUUUUGCACUCUAUCCAAUACACACAAACUGGAGAUUUGGAUUUUAGCAUCUAAAAUUCCCUGAGCUGCUGCCCAUGGAGAGAACAGGUGCCCUGUCCAGGGCUGAGACAAACAUUUCUGAUUCUGCAGCAGUAGAAAUGGCCUGGUGCAGUUCUAGGCACUACAAAUAAAGGCUGCUUCUCCUGUACCCUCAGUGCUCCUCGUGCUGGGUCCAAGCAGCACAACGAGACAAUUGUUUGGCUGAAAAGCAGAGGGAAGAGGACCCAAGCAUGGAGAGGGAACAGUCUGCUUCUGGACCAAGAGUCUGCUACGAAGAGAAGAACUGCCCACAGCUGGGUGCUUUGGGAAGUGGUGAGUUGGAGAGGGCUGCAGAAUGCAGGUGUGAGGAUGAGAGACUAAGAUUGUAUGCAGAGCAAAAGAGUGAUGGGCCUGGGGAAUGUCAGGACACAGAGAUGUGGGCUGCAGAGGGGAAGAGGAGGGAGUAACACAUGUGGGAAACAUUAGCCUGAGGAGAUCGGGUGGAGAAUCACAAGUUGGGGUUGGUUGAGGAUCAGGGUAUGUUUAAAAGAAGUGCUGGGAGAGCUGGAGAGCAGAGCCUGAAUGCUGUUUGAUGAAACCGUGGCUUGGCUGAAGGAGCUGAGGAACAGAGACUGGAUGGAAUAGAGAAAUGAAGAGCAUCCAUACUGAACAGCAGGAGCACCGCUGGGCUACCGAGCAGUCCCUAAUAAGUAGGAUGGUUGGCCAAAAGUGAUUAUAAAAGUGGAGGAGGGAAAGACUUGCCUGUUUUCUAGGAUAGGCAGGAGUGAAAGGAGAGUUGCUUAUUAUGGUGGCUAUGAAGAAUAUUAGUUUUCUGCCAAACUGACAUCCUCUGAUGGCUUGCCAAAGCAAGAUGAGCAUCAGCACUGGCACAAGAAAGGAGGCAUGGUUGCUCAAGAGAGAGGGAAGAUGGUAACACGAAAGAAUUUAAUUAAGUUGGUUGGUUGUAAAUCCACACCCUUGCAACUCUGUGUUUGGCUUGCACAGAUCAAAAUCACAAUUGCUGUCAAUAAAUUGAGACACAAGAAGCAUUAAUGGCAGCAAUGGAAACAGUAGAGAAGAGAGUAAAGCAAGAGAAACAACAAGGAAAAGGAAAGGCAAGGCCAUCUCUAACAACAGCAGCAGCAGCAGUUCCACGUUGCACCAGCAGCUCAAGCUUCCCACCACAUGCUAGGACCCCAGGUUCACACUCCCUCCUACUCAACCCUGCUCAUUGCUUCAUUGACUGCAGCUGCUGGGGUGAAGAUGGGCAUUGGUAGCACCUCCACAUAAGCUGCUGGGGAGUGCACCUGCAUACACCAGCAUGUUGUUCCAGUACUACGGCCUGGAGAUUCCUGUGUUGACCCAUUUCUUCAUCUCAAAACAGUGUACUGAUGGAUGGGAGCAAACUUUCACGGUGCUCAGGAGCUCUAUGAGAGGACGCACUGCAAGUCUGCAUGUAGAGAUUGAAGGAAUUUUACCCUCCUCAGCAUGAGGGGACGAGAAGACCAGGAUAUGACAGCGUGCUGAAUGGUGUAACUAUCAGCAACAACGCAGUCCUGUCAAUCCAUGCAGCACGAUGGCUUCGUUUCCUGUCCUCAAGCAAGAGGUGUUGUUCCGGAAUGGCACGUGGAGCUAUCGAAUUCCAGCCCUGCUUUACCUGCCACGUUUCAGCAUCAUCCUGGCAUUUGCUGAGGAACGAGAGGAUGUGGUGGAUGAGCAUGCCAAGCUCAUAGUGAUGCGCAGAGGCACGUACAACCCAGGCAGACACCAUGUUCAGUGGAGCGGCAUGGAGACCAUUGUCAGUGCACAGCUGGAAGGUCACCGAUCCAUGAAUCCCUGUCCUGUUUAUGAUGAGGUCUCGGGGAAUCUGAUCCUGUUCUUCAUAGCUGUCCCAGGAAAGAUCUCUGAGCACUACCAGCUCAGGACAAAGACCAACCUGGUACGUCUCUGCUAUGUCACUAGCGUGGACCAAGGACACACAUGGAGCCCUGUUCAGGAUAUCACCGAGAGCACCAUCAGCACAGAGUACAAGAACUGGGCCACUUUUGCAGUGGGACCAGGUCAUGGAUUACAGCUGUCCAAUGAGGCCCGGAGCCUUGUGAUUCCUGCCUAUGCCUUUCGUAUCCUUGACCCUAAGCAUCACCCUGUCUCUUAUACCUUCUGCUUCAUCAGCUCUGACCAUGGGAUGACGUGGGAGAUGGGGAACUUUGUGGGAAAAGAGAGUGCAGGGGAAUGCCAGGUAGCUGAGGUACAUCGCUGUGGCAUGAAUGUGCUCUACUGCAAUGCUAGGACCAACAAGGGAGUGAGAAUCCAGGCUGUCAGCCACAACAACGGGGUGGAUUUUGAGGAGGGCCAGCGGGUUGAAAAGCUUGUGGAGCCUCCCUCUGGAUGUCAUGGAAGCAUCGUUGCCUUCCCUCCCCCCUCUGAUGUCUGGUGCCAAGAUAGCUGGUUGCUGUACACUCAUCCUGCGGACCCAAAGGGCCGAAGAGAUUUGGGAAUUUACCUCAACAAAAGCCCUCUAAAUCCAGCACACUGGACAAAGCCAAGCAUCCUCUUCAAGGGCUUGUGUGCUUACUCAGAUCUGCAGUACAUGGGGAUUGGGCCAGAUGGCUCGCCCUUGUUCUCUUGCCUCUUUGAAUAUGGGAUCCAUAAACAAUGUGAAGAGAUAAUCUUUGUAAUGUUCACUUUGAAGCAAGCCUUCCCUUCUGAGUUCUGAGUCUCAAGCUUUUUCAUUGGGAUUCUUCUGAAAACCACCUUUGCUGAUGCUCUUUUCACUAUCAGCUCUCAUCCUUCAGCAAAAGAAUUUUUGUAUUCUUCCUGCGCUGCCGGCUGGGCAUUGUCUUGUAGCAUGCUUACAUCACAAAGUCUAUUAAACAUACUAAAACUAAACAUGUUUGGUCUUGUUUUCUAUUGCCUGUUCCUCUUCUCGU